AACCACAUAAACUUCCUUUCUUGCUUCAACCUCAAAUUUUCCUUCACUGCUUUCCCGAGAAAAUUCUGAUUCCAAACAAUGGUGAGCAGUGCUGUGGCUCAAGCCAUGAUUGCGGCGAACACAUUCUCAUGCACAUUUCCUUCCCAGAGAAGCUUCUGCAACUUUGGUAGAUUCCACAACCACAGACUCCAUCACCCUCGAAAUUCCAGGCUUCUCAUUGUUAGAGCUUCCGUCGUCGAAGAGGAAGACUGCAAUGACGAAGAAUGCGCCCCUGAUAAGGAGGUUGGGAAGGUCAGUAUGGAAUGGCUCGCUGGGGAUAAGACCCAAGUGGUCGGCACAUAUCCCCCACGAAAGAAGGGUUGGACUGGAUAUGUUGAGAAGGACACUGCCGGACAGACAAACAUAUAUUCGGUUGAGCCUGCGGUUUAUGUGGCUGAAAGUGCAAUAAGUUCAGGAACUGCAGGUACUUCUUCAGAUGGAGCUGAGAACACAGCAGCAAUUGCUGCAGGCAUUGCUCUCGUCUCUGUGGCUGCAGCAUCGUCAAUCCUCCUUCAAGUUAGUAAAACAAACCCUCCACCUGUGGUGAAGACAGCUGAAUACAGCGGACCAUCACUAAGUUAUUACAUCAACAAGUUUAAGCCCCAGGAGAUUAUUGAAGCCUCAGCACCAAGUUUAGAUGUAACGUCCUCAACGCUGCAGCCUGAGAGCCCGGCUCCACAAGCCCAGAUUCAGGUCGAGUCUCAAUUUAACCAAGAACCUUCCACUUCAAGCAAUGCUUCCGCUUCUUCUUAAAGAAAUGAAAUUGGCUAUGCUGAAAUAUAGCAUUUAUGAUAUGUGCCUAAAUUUAUGAUUUUGCCGUGGUUUAGUUUAGUUAUGUAUAAUUGUAUAUCAUUGUGCAUCUAUUGACCAUUAAGAUGUAAAUCAUGAGUACAAACAUAAAAGGAAAGAUGUUAAAUGAUAUAGGUUUUCAUGUAA